AUGAGAUGGGGCAGUGAUCGGUGUCGUCAUUUCGUCAUCCAACAGUUGAGGAAUGGAAGGUAUCUUGUUGCUGGUGGCUCUCAGUCUCACGAGAGUCUAACAGCCUUGAUAAACUACUACAAGAUUGAGACCAUUCAGCCGUUUGGCGAAGUCCUCACAGAAUCCUGCAGACAGUAUAACAGCAACGACCUGUAUGACCAGAUUGCUAUCAGUCCUUCAAAGAACUUGUAUUCAGGAGACUUAGAUUGCAAAAGCAAUGCAGUCCGAAGACAAGCAUAUCAAAGUCACGCACAGACUGAGGAAGGUCACCGAAAACCACCUGCAGUCCCUCCAAAAACUAAGAAGAGACUGCCAGAGAGAAGACUGAAUCAUUCAUUGGAAAGCAUGCCCUCCAACAGUGAGGAUUCUGAUAUCGCACCACCUUUGCCAACUAGAACAAACCUGGCCUUUGAGGUAGAUGUUCAAGACCAAUUUAUGUUCACAUCCGUUAAACCCCAAACCAAGGAAAAGCCACUGAAAUCAAGGUCGACUGAAGAUAUCCCAUUCAAAGAAACUUUAAGAAAUCCUCUCUACAGCGGAGAAACAAACACCAGAAAUCAAUCUUUCAACAAGAAAAUGAACCCGCAGUCACAGGUGAAAAGCAGUAUAAUUCCGAACACCCAGCCAAUAUAUAGUCAAGCAUUUGAGCCAAAACAAAUCAAAUCGGCAUCAGUUUGUGUGUACUCUGAGCUGGACUUGAAACAUUGCAGAAGUAUUUCAGCGCCCACCGAAGUCGAAAACAAUUAUGCCACAAUCUCACCCCCUGUUGAACACAUGAGACAUCCCCUGGAACGCAAGCAUCUGAGUUUGGGGACGCCACCAACCACACCACCUCGCUUGUCUCCCAUCUUAAAUAACAGAGCCAGAUCUUCCCCACCUCCUGAAUCAACACUACCACAGAAACAUGGAGUGAACCAGCAGCUUCUGCAUAAUUUUCAACCUGUUUUACAUCGACAUCCUGGUCACUUUGAUGAUCCAGUGUAUGCAAAGGAGCCAAAUGAAGUGCUUUAUGCAACAUCCCUUGGUGUGACACACCAGAAGAAAUAUAACACAUAUGAACAGAUUCCUGAGGGAUUCUCAAAGCAUUUUCAGGCAAAGGCAACGACUGCUGACAAGGAUGAAAAAUGGAAAAGAUGCUUUCAAGAUCGAAAACACAAAUGAAAGAAGAAAACUGCUGCAUGCAUCACAUUCCUGAGAUAAGCUUGUGGCAUUGUGAAUUAUGCGGCCACCUGUGAUGUAUCUUCUACAACCCAUUGGUCUCCGGGAAAUUUCCCCGAUGAACACAACACUAUGCUGGAAAUGAAUCCAGUGCUUUAAAGACUUUUACAUAUGGACAUCUCUCCGUGGCUCUACUCUAGUCUACUGUUUCAUCUGAUGGUAGCUUUUAAUUCCUUUGUGUCUUUUAUAAAAAUGUAUCACUAAUUAGAAUACACACCACUAGCCAAUAUUUUAUCAAUUUUCUAUUCUUAACGUAUAGAGAUUAUAUUAGGCCCUCUAAAACUUCAGUCUGGUUUGGAUACUCUA